AUGUCCUGUUACCAACCCGGACCUUGCUGAUUCACCUCAGAUGUCUUACGGGGAGAACUGCGCAGCCUUCGUGAAGCUCGACUACAGGUGGGACAAUGCGCGCGGAUACUGUUCCGAUAGGUCAGGACGUCUGGUAGAGAUAGCUACCGAGGUUCAGAAUCAACUAUUGGUUUCCAUGGCAAACGAACAAGACGAUGGAUCACGUCCCGAUUGGUGGAUUGGUGGUUUUAGAGAUGAUAGGCGUUCUGACGACGAAGAAGUUCUCUUUGUAGAUGGACCCGCGGUUACAAAUACCUUUUGGGCACCGGGUGAACCGAAUGGAAAUCUUGAGCACUGUGUUGAUCUCCUAUCUGACAACUUCGGGUGGAAUGAUGACAGGUGCGGGCAAAACAACGGAUACAUAUGCCAGUAUCCUGGAACACGAGGACCGUUACAGUGCAAUGAUCCAGGUGCCCCUGCACACGGCACCUACAAUACGUCUCAUCCUAAUUGGCUUCAUGGAUCUUACGUCAUGUUCUCCUGUGACGUGGGAUACGAACUUGUUGGAGAUGCUAGGAUAGAAUGUGGCCAAAGUGGUUUUUACAACGGCAAUCGUCCCGAAUGUAAACCGAUAUCUUGCAGUUCCCAAUUUCCAACAUUGCCGCAUUCAACUGCAUAUGAACCAAAUUCGACUGAAUACCGCAGUGUAGUGGUUUAUUUUUGCCAGGAUCUGUACUAUCCGGUAGGUGACGUCACUUCGGUAUGUCAAGCCGAUGGAACCUGGAGCCAACCAAUGGGAACAUGUGAAGGAGAUCCGAUAACUCCUUCUACAUCACCAGGAAACCCAACAUCUCCAUCUGGAGGAACAGGAAACCCAACAUCUCCAUCUGGAGGAACAGGAAACCCAACAUCUCCAUCUGCAGGAACAGGAAACCCAACAUCUCCAUCUGGAGGAACAGGAAACCCCACAUCUCCAUCUGGAGGAACGGGAAACCCAACAUCUCCAUCUGGAGGAACAGGAAACCCAACAUCUCCAUCUGGAGGAACAGGAAACCCAACAUCUCCAUCUGGAGGAACAGGAAACCCAACAUCUCCAUCUGCAGGAACGGGAAACCCAACAUCUCCAUCUGGAGGAACGGGAAACCCCACAUCUCCAUCUGGAGGAACAGGAAACCCCACAUCUCAAUCCGGAGGGACAGGAAACCCAACAUCUCAAUCUGGAGGAACGGGAAACCCAACAUCUCCAUCUGGAGGAACAGGAAACCCAACAUCUCAAUCUGGAGGAACGGGAAACCCCACAUCUCAAUCUGGAGGAACAGGAAACCCCACAUCUCCAUCUGGAGGAACAGGAAACCCAACAUCUCCAUCUGGAGGAACAGGAAACCCCACAUCUCCAUCUGGAGGAACGGGAAACCCAACAUCUCCAUCUGGAGGAACAGGAAACCCAACAUCUCAAUCUGGAGGAACAGGAAACCCAACAUCUCCAUCUGGAGGAACAGGAAACCCAACAUCUCAAUCUGGAGGAACAGGAAACCCCACAUCUCAAUCUGGAGGAACAGGAAACCCAACAUCUCAAUCUGGAGGAACGGGAAACCCCACAUCUCCAUCUGGAGGAACAGGAAACCCAACAUCUCCAUCUGCAGGAACAGGAAACCCAACAUCUCCAUCUGGAGGAACGGGAAACCCAACAUCUCCAUCUGGAGGAACAGGAAACCCAACAUCUCAAUCUGGAGGAACAGGAAACCCAACAUCUCAAUCUGGAGGAACGGGAAACCCAACAUCUCAAUCUGGAGGAACAGGAAACCCAACAUCUCAAUCUGGAGGAACGGGAAACCCAACAUCUCCAUCUGCAGGAACAGGAAACCCAACAUCUCAAUCUGGAGGAACAGGAAACCCAACAUCUCCAUCUGGAGGAACAGGAAACCCAACAUCUCAAUCUGGAGGAACAGGAAACCCAACAUCUCCAUCUGGAGGAACAGGAAACCCAACAUCUCCAUCUGCAGGAACAGGAAACCCAACAUCUCCAUCUGGAGGAACAGGAAACCCAACAUCUCCAUCUGGAGGAACAGGAGACCCAACAUCUCCAUCUGGAGGAACAGGAAACCCAACAUCUCCAUCUGGAGGAACAGGAAACCCCACAUCUCCAUCUGGAGGAACGGGAAACCCCACAUCUCCAUCUGGAGGAACAGGAAACCCAACAUCUCCAUCUGGAGGAACAGGAAACCCAACAUCUCAAUCUGGAGGAACAGGAAACCCAACAUCUCAAUCUGGAGGAACGGGAAACCCAACAUCUCCAUCUGCAGGAACAGGAAACCCAACAUCUCAAUCUGGAGGAACAGGAAACCCAACAUCUCCAUCUGGAGGAACAGGAAACCCAACAUCUCAAUCUGGAGGAACAGGAAACCCAACAUCUCCAUCUGGAGGAACAGGAAACCCAACAUCUCCAUCUGCAGGAACAGGAAACCCAACAUCUCCAUCUGGAGGAACAGGAAACCCAACAUCUCAAUCUGGAGGAACAGGAAACCCAACAUCUCCAUCUGGAGGAACAGGAAACCCAACAUCUCCAUCUGCAGGAACAGGAAACCCAACAUCUCAAUCUGGAGGAACAGGAAACCCAACAUCUCCAUCUGGAGGAACAGGAAACCCAACAUCUCAAUCUGGAGGAACAGGAAACCCAACAUCUCCAUCUGCAGGAACAGGAAACCCAACAUCUCAAUCUGGAGGGACGGGAAACCCAACAUCUCAAUCUGGAGGAACGGGAAACCCAACAUCUCAAUCUGGAGGAACGGGAAACCCAACAUCUCAAUCUGGAGGAACAGGAAACCCAACAUCUCAAUCUGGAGGAACGGGAAACCCCACAUCUCAAUCUGGAGGAACAGGAAACCCAACAUCUCAAUCUGGAGGAACAGGAAACCCAACAUCUCCAUCUGGAGGAACAGGAAACCCAACAUCUCCAUCUGGAGGAACAGGAAACCCAACAUCUCCAUCUGGAGGAACAGGAAACCCAACAUCUCCAUCUGGAGGAACAGGAAACCCAACAUCUCCAUUAGCAGGAACGGCAAAUCCAACAUUUCCUUCUGAUGGAACGGGAACCCCAACAACUCCAUCCCCAACUGUAGGAUCAUGGUAUUCAACAACUUCAUCUGCAGGAACAGAAAGUCCAACACCACUGUCCACCGGAUUUAAAAAUCUAACAGGUCCAUCUGAAGGCACAGGAUAUCCAACUAAUCCUUAUUCUCUACCGCAUAGUCCUUCCGAGAUAUCGUCGGCGACAAGACUCCCAGAUUGGGGAAAUGGAACAACUGUGCUUCCAACAACAUCCAAGCCAGUUGACAAGAUCACAUUGCGAUGUGGUUCCUUCAGCAUGGUAGUGACUAUCCCCCUCUCGCUCGUGGGAGGGGUUACAAAAGGUGGGGAUCUUCAUCUCCUUGCAGAUGCUAACUGCACAGGAGAGAUCUCUGACGACAAUCGCUUCAUCAGUAUCUUUACUAACCUUACAGACUGCGGAACCGAAAUAAAGGAGUAUGACACUCAAAUCGUAUACAGUAACACUGUCGUUGAGAGAGCUACAGAUAGCUUAAUAUCUCGGCUAACCGAAGUUUUCAUGCCUUUUUCUUGUGGAUACAACCGGUCAGCGCAUCUCGGACUAGACCCUUACCAGAUUACCGACUAUCAGCUGAAUUCGUCAAAAAUUUCCACAGGGCGGUAUGAAUUCUCUUUAGAUAUCUUCAAAGAUGGCAAUUUCAGGGACAGGUAUGCUGAUUCUGAGUAUCCUGUGGAUGUGGACCUGAACGAAGAGCUGUAUCUAGGAGCAUCGGUUCUUUCGCAAGAAAGGUCUCUCGAUGUAUCUGUCAGGAGUUGUGUAGCCACACCAUCUGCUUCCUAUAACGAUGAGCAAUGGACUAUCAUAAGAGAUGGGUGUGCAGUUGACACGUCAACCCGUAUUGAUGAUGAUGCUAUCGGUUUUGUGGGCGUGACCUUUGAUGCAUUCCGAUUCGUCGAUCUUGGUAAUAGAGUUUACAUCCACUGUGAUUUGCUGGUAUGUCAGGCAAUCAGUGAAGGUGGACACUCGGACUGUGAUCCCGCUUGCCUAGGAACGUCGAGCAACCGCUAUGACCGUGAUGUUGGAGGACACAGCCUUCACCAGAGGAGAAUAAUGAGGGGACCAUUGAGAUUAAAACGAAGUGCUCAUAUACUCUCAUCUCAUGACAUGAAAGGUUAUGAUAAAAUACCAGUUUUCCAUCUAACGUUCAAAGUCUGGAUUGUGAUGAUUGUUACCAUGGCAACUCUAUGCAUCAUUCUUCUUGGUUUGAUCGCUGGACUCAUAUUGAUGCAAAGGAUAACAACGUAUCGACAAAGUCCAAACAUGUGUCCAGAAGAACCACGUGCAUAAUUUACUGACU